AUGAACAAUCUCUAAAAAAAAUUUGAUAUUAAUCGUCUCAACUACUAUGAAGGCGACUUUUCAGAAUAUGGACCAUUUAUAUUAUUCAGAAAUAUUUUCCCAGAUCAUUAAAAAGUUAAAAGUUGGGCUGUUAAUCGCCAUUAAUCUAAAUAGCAUUGCUCAACAUUAAUUUCUACAAAUGAAUUAAGUUAUUAAUGUUUUACAUGUGGAAUUGAAGCAACACAUAUAUAUUGCAAAGAGUGCUUUGAUCCGAAAUAACAUUUAGGUAGAAUAUUUUUAUUAAAUUAUGAGGCCACUAAUGUAUUAUAAAUGGAAAAAGUAAGGGAAUGUGCGAUUGUGGUUGUGAAUAUAUUAUUUCUAGACAUGGGUUUUGUUCCAAACAUAAAAAUUAUGUUUAAGACGAGAACGAUGAAGUGGUAAAUACUUCUAUUAAGGUAAAAAAGAGGAUUACUUAUAUUCUUAAAACACUCAUUGGUUAUUUCACAAGUUGGAUGAAAUAAAUUAAAAGUGAAUCAAAUAUCAAUAUUGCAUUUCUAACUCUCUUUCAUUUUGCUAUGUAAAAUUAAAAAUACUUCCUAAUGCCAUAGUUUGAGACAAAGCAUGCAGUUGAAUAACUUUAUAGACUAAUUAUAAGAGCAUCUAAUACUCAGACUCUCAUAAUUAAUACAAUUGACUCUCUUAUUAAUUAUAGAUAGAGAUAUUUAGUUUUAAUUUAAAAUAUCCUUUCGAGUAAGAAUAGAAAGAAUUCUAAACACACAUAUUUGGAAAAGAUUUUGAAGUAUUAAGUUUAUUUUGAACCUUAUCAAGAUUUCAAAAUCAUGAAGAUAGAUAAAAUUCUUUAUUAACUUUAUGCUGAUGAAAAAUCUAAAGCCUAACUGUUUUCUAUUUUAUUAAAAAAUUUCUCUAAUCUGUGGUGGAUUGAUUAAUUCAAAACAACCCAGCAUGAUUCAAAAGUAAAAUUUAAUGAGUUGAAUCCUACUUUAUGCUAUUAAUUUUUUGAUCAAAUAAAUUCAGCUUUAAAAGUUAAUUUACAAUUAAUCCACUUUGUUUACACUAGUAAUAUUCUCACAACUGAAUCUUAAUUUGUAUCUUUCGAAAUGCAAAAAUAAUUCUUCUUGUAAAACUAAAAUAUAUAGGACUUUGUAGUUACUAUGGAAAAAUUGCAUUAUUCUUCAAAUUCUUUAUGUUCUAAAAGUUAAUUAGUCCUUCCAUAAUUAUUUAGAAGGAGAUUUGGAUAUAAGGCCUUCGGAUAAAUAGCUUUAGAUUAAUUAAAAGAAAUACUAAACAACAAAUUUGAUUCAUUUACAAAAUAAGAUGCCAAAUUUGAUCUAAUAAAAUAAUUCAACUAUAAUUAGUUCGCAAUAACAACAUUAAUUAACAGUUUAGGGUAGGGAAUUUAGACGAUGAAUUAAUCUAAUUAAUAGAAUAAAAAAAUUGAACUAGCUCACACUGUUCAUUAUACUAUGGAUUAAGCAACUUAUUAUAGUGCAAUUUGUGUUGGUUUAGAGAGUCUAUUCAAGAGAUAUAACAAUGAAAUAUUCGAAAAAAACAUAAUAAAGCUCCUUUUUUAUUAAACGUACAAUAUCCUAAAGAAAACUUUCAGAAAAACUCAAGAUUAUUACAAUCAACCAACGUUUAAAAAUGGUAUGGUAAUACAGAAAUUGUUUAUUUCUUAUUUAGGUUACUUAUAUUGUGGGACAUAAUUUAAAAAUGGAGGAUAAUUCCUGGAUUUUUUACUUGAUAUUUUAGAUGAAAAUGAAUAAGAGUUUAAAUUUAAUCUUAAUUCAUUAUUAUAAAGUAUUCUUCGUGUUUAUUUGAUAAUUCAAUACAAUAAAAAUUCAGAACUAGAAAAUAUUUAUUAAGGGACAGAAAAUUUCAUAGAGUAUUCCUAAUUUCAUAGAGUAGACACCUGUCUCUUUAAAUUAUAUAUAUUUUUAUACGGCAAUCAUGGGUUUUCUAAAAUUUAGGAUAUGUUGGAAUAGUUCAAAAAAUAAAACAGUAUGUUCAAUGAUAUACAAUUAACCGGAAUAAUUUAGUAAAUAUAUCUUAAUAAUUAUUAGGUAACUGUUUGUUGGCAUGAUUCUAAAUGAUUAGGAUCUAUAUAAUGUAUGUAGCCCAUUAUUGAAGGAAUUAUCAAAUGAUUUAAAAUUGACUUUAGCGAGAAUGAUGGGUAAUUAUUUUAUUCUCUCAAACUCAUUAGAGUAUGGAGAUAUUUUAGAGAAACUCUAAAACUCUGGAGUGCUUAUAACUAAAAAUUUUUCAAACCAUAUUUUAUAAAUAUGUGAACUUGACUAGACAACAAAAAAAUUAAAGUUAAAAGCUGAAUAUCAAAUAUUCUAUGAGCCUGGUCUUAUAUAAAAUUAAAAAGGAUUAAAAAAUGAGAUCAUCGAAAGAUUAAUUGAAAAAAAAAAAUCUGAAAGCGAAAUUUUAUUGGGAAAUGGGAUUAUAUGGGAUAUUGAAUAAUUUUCAAAUUAGAGGUAUAGAGUGUUACAGCAUUUAAUGUUGAUGAAUUACUGCCAAAAUAGUCUAUUUUUGAAAAAUCUAAAGUUUUUGUAGGGAACUGCUGAAACUACAAAUCUGAAAUAAUUAAAUAAGAAUACUAAUUUCCUAUAAGAGAUGUGCCAACUUGUUUAUGCUCAGCUUGCCUUUUUUAGUAAAUUUGAUUAAAUAUCAUUCUAAAAUUUUGCAGAUACUGUUAGAGUUCAAUUGGAAAAUAUUUACAAUAUGAAUUUGAAAAAGGAAGAGAAAUAAAUGAUAAAAGUUCUUAUUUCAUCAAUUAAUGAAUUGAAUAAAUCAUAGAUAUAAGAAAAUAAAUAAAACAAGUUGAAAUUUUAGGCUUAAAAGGAUAAAUAUAAGGCAAAGUUCAAUACCAUAUAGUCUUCAAAUCUAAUAUAGCAAAUAUUAAAUGAAGAGUAACAAUAAGAAAUAGCAAUAAAAGAUGAGAAUCUAUGUUAUGCUUGUAAACUUAGUUUGAAUGCUUAAAACAGUGUGGGGACCCUAUCUAUUUUUCUUAAACCUGAAUCACAAGUGGUUGAUGGAACUCAUGAGAAGCUUGAAAAUUUAUUAAAAUUUAAUUUAUGUUUAGGAAUAUAAACAUGUAAACACUACUUUCAUGAUUAAUGUUUAACUGAGUACUUUCAAAGCGAUUACAUGAGAAAUGAAGAUAUUGGAAGCUACGAAUUAGAUUUAAUUUGCCCAAUUUGUAAACAGUCUGUAAUCUAAAGAUUUCCUAUUGAUGAUAUAGACAAACAAAAGCUGAAGAGUUUUAAUUCAGAUUUACUUUUGAUAACUUAUCAUUUAGAUAUUGCUUUAGAAGAGAAUUAGAAUUCGAUGAAUAAGUUAGUGUAAAUAUACAUUAAUUUAUUUUUUGAUUUGGUGACCUCAUUAUUUAUUAAUGCAGAAAACUAUAGGAGGUCUCAAAAAAAUGUGUUGUUCAAGCAAUUACUUAUUUGCUAUUAUGAAACCUUUUUAGAAAUGGAUUAAAAUAGUAGAAAAAUGUUGACUUAAUUAUAAAUUCCAAAAUAGAAAAAUAAUUUAGUGUUUAAUACUGUGAGUUCUAUUUACAACAUUUUGACGAAUUAAUCUACUUUAUCUGAAUUAAGAUCAGAUAUACUUGACCUAAUCAGUACAAAUAGGUAAUUAAGUAACGUGGAAAUCUCACUGUUUCUAAGUUCUUUUGGAAUCGAAGAGGAAAUCAUGAAAUAAUAAUAAUUGGAUGCAGUCUUAAAUAUAGCUCAAGAAGACUAUACUUUAAACUAUUACAAAACUCUUUAGAGUUAAGGCAUUCAAUAAGUUUAUAAUAAACUUGGAUAGACAUUUCUAUAAUUUCAUAGUAAAUAUUUUUCUGAGGGAUGUAGUUAUUGCAACUUUGAAGAAUAAAACUUUUAAUAUUCAGGAAUCUCUGUUUGUUUAUUAUGUUAGGAUGUAUUUUGCAAUAAAUCUUGCUUAUUUAAAAGUAUAAAUAGCUUAAAGCAUCAUGCAACUAACCUACAUGAUGGAAAUUCAAUUUUUGUGAACCUUUAAGAUAGUUCAGUUACUCUAAUUAGUGAUUCAAAUUCUACUCAGAAAUUCAAAUGCUUGUAUUAUAAUAAUUUAGGAUAAAGAAUAAAUUCUGAAAACCCUCAUUCUGAUUGGAACACAUACUAACUAGAUUUUACUAAAGCUAAUUAAUUGGCUUUGAUAAUUCUUAAUGAUAAAUAUAAUACAAUAACUGAUAUAGAAGAAAAUCAACAAUUUACUUGA